GACAAAAAUUGUUACCUUACCUUUACAACUACUGGCAUAAGAAUUACAUAUCAAACUCGUACUAUUUUUGAGGCUUUGUAUAUUGACUCGGUACUCGAGUUUCCCAAUGAUGAAGAUUUCCUAGAAUCUGUUGAAAUUACAAAUAUAAACGAUGAAUUUCCAUUUAUUUUGAAUCUUCAUCGAUUCAUACGUUAUCUAAAUUUAAUGGAUUAUAGAAUACGAAUUACUUAUGAUUCAAUAAAUAAAGCAAUUUGUUUGGAUCAAUUAAAAUUAAAUAUUGUUCUAUAUACGUUUCGCGUUCCUGCAUCAUUAGAAAGUGGUAGAAAUUAUAGAGAACCUCAAUUAUCCGAAUGCAAUGUAGAUUUUGAAUUUCCUCCUUGUUGGAAAAUUACACCCUUUGUUGAAUAUAUGGGAUAUUAUGAUAAAAAAAAAAUAAUGUUGUCAGCAAAUAAUAAAGGUGUAUUUAAGUUGUCUUCACCUGAAGAUGAAAUGUCAAUGGAAUUUAUAAAUUGUACAAAUCAUCAAG